AGAGGUCCUUCUUAGCGGAAGUCAGUGGACAUCCUAAGAGAAGAGAUGUGUCAAAUCCCUCUAAGAAGCUACUUUUCAGAGGGCUCUCCAAGAAAGAUCAAAGAUGGGAUUUCUCAGGAGGGAAUACAGCGAUGUCAGUUUUAUUUGUGGGAUUUUCUCCUCUUUAUGGUGGAUCAGAAAAAGUAGCUGGAUCUGCAGCUCAGGGCCUUGUGUCCUAUGAGGAAGUGGCCGUGCAUUUCUCAGAGGAGGAGUGGUCUCAGUUGGAUCCGCACCAAAAAGCCCUGCAUCAGGAAGUCAUGCUGGAGAACUUGAGGAAUGUGGCCUCCCUGGGUGUUAAUGGGCAGGAGCAAGAGAAGGAUGAGGAACCAUUCCAAAGGAUUAGUCAGAAAGAGAGAAAAGAAAUGCUUUCAAAUCAAGUGAAACCAAGAAGCCAGAAGAAAAACCAGUCAGAAAAUGGGAGGAAGAACAGCUGCCUAAAACUCACUACAGGAAAACAGCAUGAAUGCAUGGUGGAUGGUAAGGCUUCCAGUCAGACUUUUCCUUUUUCUCUACAUGAAAAAGAUUGUGUGGGAGAGAAACCAUACAAAUGCAUGGAAUGCGGGAAAAGAUUCAGGUGGAGACCUGCCUUUACUUCCCAUAAAAGGAUCCACACAGGGGAGAAACCAUAUAAAUGCAUGAAGUGUGGAAAGAACUUUCGUCAAAUCAGUUCCCUUAUUUCCCAUAAAAGGGUGCACACAGGGGAGAAACCAUAUAAAUGCAUGAAGUGUGGAAAGAACUUUCGUCAAAUCAGUUCCCUUAUUUCCCAUAAAAGGGUGCACACAGGGGAGAAACCAUAUAAAUGCAUGAAGUGUGGAAAGAACUUUCGUCAAAUCAGUUCCCUUAUUUCCCAUAAAAGGGUGCACACAGGGGAGAAACCGUAUAAAUGCGUGGAGUGUGGAAAGAGCUUUCAUACAAGUAGCAACCUUUCUUCCCAUAAAAAGAUUCAUUCAAAGGAGAAACCAUAUACGUGCGCUGAGUGCGGAAAGAGCUUCAGGAGGGCCAGUGAUCUGACUCUUCAUAAAGGGAUUCACACAGCAGAGAAAUCCUACAAAUGCACCGAGUGUGGAAAAAGCUUCCAUACAAGCAGGCGCCUUACUUCCCAUCAAACAAUUCACACUGGGGAGAAGCCAUUCCAGUGCCCAAUAUGUGGAAAGAGCUUCCGGGUAUAUUGGUCCCUUACUUCGCAUAAAAGAAUACACACAGGGGAGAAGCCACAUAAAUGUAUGGAAUGCGGAAAGAGCUUCAGCAACAGCAGUAGUCUUACUUUCCAUGUCAGGACCCACACAGGAGAGAAACCUUAUAAAUGUAUUGAGUGUGGAAAGAGUUUUAGUCAGAGUAGUAACCUAAUUUCCCAUAAAAGGAUCCAUACUGGGGAGAAACCUUAUAAAUGUAUGGAAUGUGGAAAAGGCUUCAGUCAAAGCAGUGACCUUACGUCCCAUAAAAGAAUCCACACGGUAGAGAAACCUUAUAAAUGCAUGGAGUGUGGAAAGGGCUUUCGAUGGAGUACUGCUCUUACUUCUCAUAAAAGAAUCCACACAGGAGAGAAGCCAUAUAAGUGCACUGAGUGUGGAAAGAGCUUCAAUACAAGCAGCAAUCUGUCUACCCAUAGAAGGAUCCACUUCAAAGAGAAACCCUAUAACUGUAUGGAGUGUGGGAAGAGCUUCAAUACAAGCAGCAAUCUUUCUACCCAUAGAAGAAUCCAUUUAAAGGAGAAACCCUAUAAAUGCAUGGAUUGCGGAAAGAGCUUUAGUCGGAAUUUUGACCUAAUUUCUCAUCAACGAAUCCACAAGGUGGAAACCAUAUGAAUACGUCGAAUUUGGAAGGAUUUCAGUUUCCAUAGAAAUCUUGCUCAAUGCAAAGAAUGUAUACAAAAGCAGAGGAUUCUUGUAUGAUACAGAGAAUAUAUGAAAAUGUUUGGUGACCAAAGUCCCUUGUUUCCCAUAGAAUGAUUGGCAGAAGAUACAAAACAUACAUGGAAUUUUGGAAGACCUCCAGUUAUAAAAUAAGAGCAACUGGAGAAACACAUCAAAUGAUGAAUGAGAUCCAUUGUUUUCCAGGACGUUCCUUUCUGAAAAGGGUUUCAUGCCAGGAGAAACAAUAAAUAUGUAAGGAGAUUUAAGAGAGCUUCAGUCAAAACAAUGAACUGAGUUUACAACAAUGAACUUGCAGACGGGGAGGCCAUAUAAUUUGCAGCUGUGCAACUUUUUUCAGACUAAGAUCUAAGGCCAUCCUACAAAAAAACGGACCAGCCAUGAAAAAAGAUCUGCAUUUGUUUUUAUUUAAUUUAUAUUUUCCUUUAAUUAAAGUUAAAUUGUAUUUGUUAAAUACUGUGAAUAUCAUUAUUCCCAAGACAUUUUUGUAAUUCUUUCCCUCUUUUGCCACAUUAAAAAUCAAAAUU